AUGGUUGGCCAAAUAUCUUACACCGAGGAUCAGAUAAUCUUCGUCCUAGAGCAGGUUCUCGCCGACAAGAAACGCGACAUCGUUCUUUACGAGUACCAGAAGAAAUUCGGCAAAUCCCUUUCUGCGUCGCAGCUUCGAUACAUUAAGAAUAAAUAUGGCCAUGACCCUGAGUUCGGGUGA